AUGACACCAUCGUCUCACAACUUUACUCGACUACCGACUGAUGACGAGGGAGACACAUUACGGCCAGAAGCUGCCGCAUCGCUCGCUUCUACAACUAGUAACGACGAUAUUUUAGAUGGCCUUUUAGCUAAAGUUGGUUACGGAACAUUCCAGCGGAGACUAUUGAUUAUGUGUGGAUUCGGAUGGCUCGCUGACAAUAUGUGGUUACAGACCGUAAUAAUCAUAUUGCCAAGAGUACAAGAUCAUUUUGAUGUAUCCGACAAAUGGGUCGGUAGUGUGUCAAGUGCAUUGUUCACCGGGAUGAUGUUUGGUGCAUUUUUCUGGGGAACAUACUCAGAUACUCGUGGUCGUAAAGUGCCCUUCACGUCGACUUUGGCAAUUACAACCGUUUUCGGCUUUUUAUCCAGCUUAGCAUUCAGUUUUUGGAGCUUAUGUCUUAUGCUUUUCUUUUUGGGAUUUGGUGUCGGUGGCAACAUGCCAACAGAUGGUGCGCUCUACCUCGAAUUCUUGCCAAAACAGUACCACUAUCUAUUGACAUUCAUGUCUGUCUUUUUCUCUCUUGGUGCCGUACUGGCUUCGGUGCUUGGAUACACCAUUUUACCCUAUGCAAGCUGUCCAGAACCAACAGUAGCCGAACCACAUCCAGCAUGCGACGUGUCAGUACAAAAUAAUGGAUGGCGUAUUAUGCUUGCCAGCGCAGCAUUUACCACUCUGCUCAUGGUCCUUGUACGCUCCUUUUGGCUACGACUCCCUGAGACACCAAAGUACCUGCUUAGCCGAGAUCGACGGAAAGAGACAGUGGUUGUCCUGCAAAACAUUGCCAGAAUCAACGGUCAAGACGUUCAAAUUGACAGUACGGAUAUUCCCCGUUCAUCGCCCAAUAGUUACAGCAAUAACGGCAAUGACGAAGAGGAGGUUUUGUUGAACAUGGAUCGUGAUCAUGAUGGUGUUCGAUCCAGACGAGUCUCGUCCGAAAUGGAUAUUGAUUAUGACAAUGAUGAUCAACGGGCACCUAUGCUUGGCAGCAGCAACAUCGAUAGUGGUCCAGCUAGCGAACAGCAAUCACUAGCGGGAACGCUAGCUCCGAGCGUUGCAUCGGAAACGAUAUAUGGUGAUACGAUCGAGGAAAACAGCAAAUGGAAGCUGUUGUUUGGACCUCGAUGGCGACGAACAACAAUUCUCGUAUGGCUCAUCUGGACAUUUACGUCCGUGGCGUUCACCAUGUUCAAUGUCUUCUUGCCUAAAUAUCUAGAAACCCUCGGUUUUCAAGGCGAAGCAGCACCCACUCGUAAGGAUGUAUAUUGGGAUUAUAUGAUCUAUUCUCUGGCAGGUGUACCAGGUUCUAUCCUGGCAUCCUUUAUGAUUGAAACGAGACUCGGUCGCAAAGGCACAAUGGCUUUAUCUUCCUUCGGCUCCUCCCUGGGUCUAUUUCUCUUUUCCAUCAUCAAGUCCCGUGUCACUAUGCUACUCUCUUCGUCCUCUGUUUCUUUCCUUGUCACUUUGCUUUACGCUGUCAUUUACGGAUAUACCCCCGAGGUCUUUGACACGAACGUACGUGGCACAGCUGUUGGAACGGCAUCAGGUCUAAGCCGGAUAGCUGGUAUUAUCAGUCCAAUUGUAUGCGGCAUUCUAUUUACGCUGGCUGCUGUUCUACCCUUAUAUGUGAGCCUUAUAGGAUUCGCCAUUGUCGGCAUUUGUGUAAUAUUACUUCCAUACGAAACGCGAGGCAGGGCGAAAGACUAG